UCUGCUGCGGUGACUGGCGAGUAAAAGAUCCCAAAUACGUAAGCAUCGACGAGUCCUCGGCGCAGGCGGAGAAGGCUCUGCGUGCAGUACGCUAUCCCAGCCAGCUACAAGCACUACAUCCGUGCAGCUGACUGCAUCUCUGCUGCGAGCACUCAGAUCAGCUCUUUCACAAAUUUAUUCCGACUCCACAAUCAUAGUUUAUAUCGAUGCUGUUUGGACACUGAGACCUUGUCAGAUCACAGCCUUUGAUUUUUUGUUUUGUUUUGAUUGACCGAUUAGUAGAUUAAAGAAAAGCUGUAAAGAGCAUCGUCUGUGAGGCAACAAAAUGUUGGAUCCAUCGUCCAGCGAGGAGGAAUCCGAUGGGAUAGUGGAAGAGGAGAGCAGCAAAGAGGUUACGGCACCUCAGGCCGGCGGAUCCCGCAUUUCCCCCAGCCGGACCAGCGAGAGCUCCGGCGGGCUGGCACCCAGCAGCAGUCGCACUAGCGCCCGCCCGACCAGCCCGAGCCCCUCGGCCGCCAGCGAGCAGGAGAAGGAGGAGGUGGAGAAGCUGCAGCGGGAGGAAGAGGAGCGUAAGAAGAAGCUCCAACUCUAUGUGUUUGUGAUGCGAUGCGUCGCGUAUCCCUUCAACGCCAAGCAGCCCACCGACAUGGCGAGGCGGCAGCAGAAGAUAACCAAGCAGCAACUUCAGCAGACCAAGGAGCGGUUCCAGGCCUUCCUCAACGGGGACACACAGAUUGUGGCUGAUGAAGCGUUCAUUAACGCGGUGCAGAGCUACUACGAGGUGUUCCUGAAGAGCGACCGCGUGGCCAAGAUGGUGCAGAGCGGCGGCUUCUCGGCCAACGACUGCCGCGAGGUCUUCAAGCGGCACAUCGAGAAGCGCGUGCGCAGCCUGCCCGAGAUCGACGGCCUGAGCAAGGAGACGGUGCUCAGCUCCUGGAUGGCCAAGUUCGACAGCAUCUACCGCGGGGACGAGGACCCUCGCAAGGCCCAGCAGCGCAUGACGGCCAGCGCCGCCUCUGAGCUCAUCCUCAGCAAGGACCAGCUGUACGAGAUGUUCCAGAACAUUCUGGGCAUCAAGAAGUUUGAGCACCAGCUGCUCUACCAAGCUUGCCAGCUGGACAACCUGGACGAGCAGGCAGCCCAGAUCCGGAGAGAACUGGACGGACGUCUGCAGAUGGCAGACCAGAUCGCCAGGGGGGGCAAGUUCCCCAAGUUCGUGUCCAAAGAGAUGGAGGCCAUGUACAUCGAGGAGCUCAAGUCGUCGGUGAACCAGCUCAUGGCCAACCUGGAGAGCAUGCCGGUGUCCAAGGGAGGGGAGUUCAAGCUGCAGAAGAUGAAGCGCGGCCACAACACCUCCAUCAUCGACAUGGGCCAGGAGGACGAGAACACGCUGUCCAAGUCCGACGUGGUGCUGUCCUUCACCCUGGAGGUGGUGAUCAUGGAGGUGCAGGGCCUCAAGUCUCUGGCCCCCAACCGGAUAGUCUACUGCACCAUGGAGGUGGAGGGUGGGGAGAAGCUGCAGACUGACCAGGCAGAGGCAUCCAAGCCAACGUGGGGCACCCAGGGGGACUUCACCACCACGCACCCUCUGCCUGCUGUCAAGGUGAAGCUGUUUACAGAGAGCACCGGGGUGCUGGCCCUGGAGGACAAGGAGCUGGGCAGGGUGGUCCUCCACCCCACUCCCAACAGCCCCAAGCAGUCGGAGCUGCACAAGAUGGCCCUUACCAAAGCCUGCCCCGACCACGAUCUCAGGAUCAAACUGGCCAUUCGCAUGGAUAAGCCUCAGAACAUGAAGCAUUGUGGAUAUCUGUGGGCGUUUGGGAAGAACGUGUGGAAACGCUGGAAGAAGCGCUUCUUUGUCUUGGUGCAGGUGAGCCAGUAUACGUUUGCCAUGUGCAGCUACAGAGAGAAGAAAUCUGAGCCCCAGGAGCUCCUACAGCUGGAUGGGUACACUGUAGAUUACACCGACCCCCAGCCAGGCUUGGAUGGCGGCAGGGCGUUCUUCAACGCCGUGAAGGAGGGAGACACGGUGAUCUUCGCCAGCGAUGAUGAGCAGGACCGCAUCCUGUGGGUGCAGGCCAUGUACCGCGCCACGGGCCAGUCCCACAAGCCCGUCCCGCCCACGCAGGUCCAGAAGCUCAACUCGAAAGGCGGCGCCUCGGCCCAGAUGGACGCGCCCAUCUCCCAGUUCUCUGGACUCAAGGACGCAGACAGAGCUCAGAAACACGGCAUGGAUGAGUUUAUCUCGGCUAACCCGUGUAGCUUUGACCACGCCGCGCUGUUCGAGAUGGUUCAGCGGCUGACCCUGGACCACAGGCUCAACGACACCUUCUGCUGCCUGGUAGGGUGGUUCAGCCCAGGCCAGGUGUUUGUGCUGGACGAGUACUGCGCCAGGAACGGGGUCAGGGGGUGUCACAGACACCUGUGGUACCUCCGCGACCUGCUCAACCGGGCCGACAACGGGGCCAUGAUCGACCCCACCCUGCUCCACUACAGCUUCGCCUUCUGCGCUUCCCACGUGCACGGGAACAGGCCGGAUGGGUUGAGCACGGAGGUGGAUGAGAAGGAGCGCUUUGAGGAGAUCAAGGAGCGAUUGCGCGUCAUACUGGAGAACCAGAUCGUACAGUUCAGAUACUGUUUUCCUUUUGGCCGUCCUGAGGGUGCAUUGAAGGCCACUCUGUCUUUGCUUGAGAGGGUCCUGAUGAAGGACAUCGUGACGCCAGUGCCACAAGAGGAGGUGAAGGGAGUCAUCCGCAAAUGCUUGGAGCAGGCGGCUCAGAUCAACUACCAGCGCAUCACAGAAUAUGCGAUCAUUGAAGUUGAGAAAGGUCAAAAGGAUCCCAAGGAUCCAGAGAACGCGGGUCGCUUGGUGACCCCGGCCAAGAAGCUGGAAGAGACCAUCCGGCUGGCGGAGCUGGUGAUAGAGGUCCUUCAGCAGAACCAGGAGCACCAUGCAGAGGCUGCAGUCACAAGUUCUGGAGAUCAAUCGGCCUUCGCCUGGUGGACGGACCUCAUGGUGGAGCACGCCGAGAACUUCCUGGCCCUCUACGCCGCGGACAUGGACGCGGCGCUGGAGAUCCAAUCCCCCGAGAGCUGGGACAGCUUCCCUCUCUUUCAGCUGCUCAACGACUUCCUGCGGACAGACUAUCAUCUGUGCAAUGGAAAGUUCCACAAGCACCUUCAGGAUCUGUACGCCCCCCUGGUGGUUAGAUAUGUGGAUCUGAUGGAGUCCUCCAUCGCACAGUCAAUUCACAGGGGCUUUGAGCGCGAGUCAUGGGAGCCUGUGAAGAGUUUAACAAGUAAUCUACCCAAUGUCAACCUACCAAAUGUCAACCUCCAAAUUCCCAAAGUACCAAAUCUGCCCGUGCCAGUAGCAGGACUAUCAGUUAACCUUCCGCAAAUGCCUAGCUUUUCUACCCCGUCAUGGAUGGCAGCUAUAUAUGACUCUGAUAACGGCUCCGGCACGUCCGAGGACCUGUUCUGGAAGCUGGACGCGCUGCAGACCUUUAUCAGGGACCUGCACUGGCCCGAGGACGAGUUUGCCAAACACCUGGAGAGCCGCAUCCAGCUCAUGUCCAGCGACAUGAUCGAGAACUGCGUCAAACGCACUCGGAUGGCGUUUGAAUCCAAGCUAACAAAGAGCAGCAGGUCCACAGACUUCCGCAUCUCGCCAUCAAUAUGCACCAUGUUCAACGUGAUGGUGGACGCCAAGGACCAGUCGGCCAAGCUGUGUGCUAUGGAGAUGGGCCAGGAGAAACAGUACCACACCCAAAUAGAUGAACUGAUUGAGGAGAGUGUGAAGGACAUGAUCACGCUUCUGGUGGCAAAGUUUGUAGUGAUUCUGGAGAGCGUGCUGGCUAAGAUCUCCAGAUACGACGAAGGCACUCUCUUCUCAUCCUUCCUGUCGUUCACGGUGAAAGCUGCUUCCAAGUAUGUGGACGUACCUAAACCGGGGAUGGAUGUGGCGGACGGCUACGUGACCUUUGUGCGCCACUCUCAGGACAUACUGCGUGAUAAGGUCAAUGAGGAGGUGUAUAUAGAAAGGUUAUUUGAUCAAUGGUUCACGGCCACAAUGAACCUGCUGGGCACCUGGCUCACCGAGCGCAUGGAGCAACAGCUCCACGUCUACCAGCUUAAGAUCCUCAUCCGGAUCGCUAAGAAAAAGUACAGAGACUUCCGCCUGCAGGGGGUGCUAGACUCCACCCUGAACAGCAAGAUGUACGACACGGUGCGCAACAGACUGACCUUGGAGGAGGCUACGGCCUCUGUGCGGGAGGGAGGCAUGCAGGGCAUCUCCAUGAGGGACAGCGACGAGGAGGAUGAAGACGACGACUAGAGAGACAAAGAGAGAGAGAAAGAAACCAAGAAACCAAGAAAGAAUGAGAGAAAGAGAGAAAUAAAGAUAUAGACAGAGAGAUAGAGAAUAAGAGAGCGAAAGAGAGUACCUGCUCUGACACCCUGACCCUCCCAGCCCAUUAAACACACCCCUUACCCACCCCAACCUCCACUACCACGUCCUCCUCUACCGCCCACCCUAACACCCCCACACUUUUGACUUUAGCCUGGUAACCGACGCAUGUACCAACUGUUACUCAGAUAGCCACUCUAGGAUCCCUUUGUCAGCUCGAAAAAUGCCUACGAAAGGAAUUAUAAACUAUAAAAUACGAUAAAAAUAGUUACUUAUACUGAGGAAAAUAUAAAUAAAAAUGUUUAAAAAAAAGACCAUGAUCGACAGUUUAGCUGUGUCAUGAUAAAGAUAGCGAAACCCAUCUUUGAUUUCUUAAUUCAUUUCUGUGUUACUAAGCAAUAUGGAGUACCAUUUGUUUGACGAUGUUGAGUGAGAUUAAUAGGUGUGUCCCUGUCCAACGCAAUCGUAUAUGGCGCUUCUUUGUCGUACUCUACAUUCAUUAAUGGUAGCCUACAUUGUCGUGACGAGUGUGUGGACCCUCUUAUAUGUCGUCUGUUUUUAAGUGAAUGCCAACUUGCUACGAACUGCAAACAAACCCGUCUGUGUUUAAGUUUUAUGGCUAUUAAUCGGGGUGUAAAAAAAAACGUUAUUUUCGGUUGUUUUCUUCGGUUUGGGUUCUCGUCGUCCACUCCACUGUUAUCAACAUCGACAGUAAAGACGUGCGUAUCCCGCUCCUCGUCGACGCUGUGUGUGACGUCACCUCACAGGAGUAGGACUACCUGGCCUCACCUGAGUGGCUAUAUAUUCUAGAGAUGCAAUAUUCUCAAUGCUCUGUUUUGAUAACUCGGGAGAUUCUAUUUUUCUUUGCUUUUUUUCAAACAUCAAAAUGGCCUCUUGAAACGAGGCUCUAUUUUAAAUUGAGUUGCACUUUUACGAGAUGAAAAAAAAAAAUGGUUACCUGUGGCUGAAAUGGUUACCUUUUUUAUUUAAAAGAAUAAUUAAGAAAAAAAAUGGAGCUGGGUUCGUCUUUGUUCUGUAAACUGUGUAGAAUGAGAUGUCUGGCAUUUUGUUUGGGUCACACUGUUGUUCUGUAUAUAUCUCUAAUGCUGUACAUUGCAUUCUGAGCCAUCGCUGCAUGCCCGUGGUCUGCCCCACCCACCCUCUCCAAACCGCUUUCUGUUUUCUGUGUCAAUUCGCUGGUGGAUUCAUUCUUGCUUUUUGCCUUAUGAAAGCCAACAGUUGUAAUAUGCAAGAGCUGUUGCCUCUAAAUAAAAUUACUGUACGUGU